AUGGUCCUGUCAAGCGGAGUGACAGGUGAACAGGGGGAGGCGGCCCCGGUCCCGAACAAAGUCAAAAAGAGGUUUCAGUGUCAACACUGUCAGAGGAGAUUCGCUCGUCUAGAGCAUCUGCAGAGGCAUGAAAGAAUACAUACCCAGGAUAAGCCUUUCAGUUGUCAACAAUGUGAUUCACAUUUCAGUCGGAGUGACCUUCUCAUCCGCCAUCUGAGAUUGACCCACGAAAAAGAUGCUCUCAACGCGACUGCUAACAAUCAUGAUAAUGAUGAUGAACGCCAGGGUGCCCAGAAAAGAACAACCAAGCGAAGACGAUUGACCUUCAAUAGUAGAGAUCGCCCCGCGGUAGCAGGAGCAACACCAGAGAACGACUUUGACUUCACCAUCGAUAAUAUAUCAUCUGGCGAUAUGGCAUUCAGUCCUCCAAUGAACUCAAAUCAGAACAAUGGAUACACUCUCGCCACUCUGUCAAUGGCUGCGGAAUAUUCUGCAUUACAGGGCACCUUUGACGGAACCUCGGGCCAGACACCUGGAGUAUCAAUCGAUAUGCCUCCUCCAAACGAUUCAAAUACUUUAUCGAGUAAUUUUGAUACGGCUCCAAAUUAUGGGUUGGGAUUUGAAGAAUCGCUAGACAACUUGGCAGCGUUCCUUGAUAGCGAGCCGUUAUCAUCAUACAAUUUCUCAACUUUGAUGAGUGCUGGACAACCAAUGGUUUUAUUUUCGCCCGAAUCAUUCUCCUAUGUCGAUGAUAUGGUUCCUCCGGCAGGAAGUCAAAGCGUCGCUGGGUUCAACCAGAGUCAACAGAUCGAAGAACGAAACACAUUCUCGCGCUUUGGCUCCCGUCUACCAAGUCUACAGCCAGAGGAAAGCCCAGCUCAAGAUCCACUCACUACUGCUGCCCGGCCGCUCGCUGAAGUAUCUCCUUCAGAUAGACAAGUGAUCGUGGUCAAACUGUCUGAAUUCUCCUCUGCGAUCGCUGCAGAUUUCGUGCUGCCGUCUCGCUUGGCACUUUCACGGUACAUAGCUGCGUACGUCAACGGAUUCCACGAACACCUUCCGUUUCUCCACAUACCGACAAUGUCAAUCGAAAACUGUUCAAUUGAACUCACACUUGCUAUGGCUGCCGUCGGUGCGCAAUAUUGUUUUGAGGGUGAGAAAGGAGUUGAGCUUUUUAAUGCUAGCCAGGCUGUUGCUUCAUCUAGGAUACGUCGACGAGAUGCAAGUUUAGGAAGGCCAAGGAUGUCUGCUUCAGCUGGAGGGCAUGAUAUCUCCACCACUUCCAGUACCCGAACAGGGUCUAUCUCUGGCCCCCUUGGCCUACCGUCCGAUACGGAAGUCUCACCUACUUCACAGAAGCCAGACUUGAUCCAAACAGCACAAGCACUCUUGCUCCUCAUGGCUAUGGCUACUUGGGCGAAGCACCGAGAAAUUCUCAGAGAAGCUCUUGCCAUUCAGAGCAUUCUGGCAACACUCGUUAGGGACGACGGGCUCAAGAUGCAAUCAUUACCCAAAACAGCUUCAUGGGAAGAGUGGGUCCACUUCGAAAGUACUAAAAGAACAAAAUUUAUUGUGUUCUGUUUCUUCAAUCUACACUGCAUCGUUUACAAUAUCCCACCGCUCAUCCUCAACGCAGAAAUCAAGCUAAAUCUCCCAUCCACCGCAGCUGAAUUCAAAGCUCUGAGUGCGACGGCCUGGAAAGAGCUAAGGAAGAAGUCAACUCCCGAGAUUGGAUUCCAAGAAGCACUGCGACGUUUGUUUUCUCGCAAUGGGCGAGAACUUUCGGAAUCCAAUUCGUCGCUGGGGAACUACAUCCUCAUCCAUGCACUCGUACAACAGAUCUUCCUUGUCCGCCAAAUUGCAAACUGCAGGUACGAUAGUGCGGGUGAGUUCACACAGGAAGAAUUCUCGUCACUCGAGCAUGCCUUACGGAGCUGGCAACUGGGUUGGAAACGCACUCCUGAGUCUUCCCUAGACCCUAUGGAUCCCAACGGGCCAGUAGCCUUCAACUCCACGGCAAUCCUUCGACUUGCGUAUAUCAGACUGAAUAUAGACAUCGGGCCUUACAGAUCUCUAGAUACUCGCGACCCAAUACAGAUCGCCAAUGCAUUCCGAGAAAGCCCAGAUAUCAAACGCACACCAAAACUCGUGCGUGCAGUCCUUCAUUCAGCCCAUGCACUCAGCAUUCCCGUCAAGAUUGGCAUCCGGCUUGUUUCCAAAACGCAGACUUUCAUAUGGUCGAUCCAGCAUUCACUCUGCUCCCUCGAAUGUGCUUUUCUACUUAGCAAAUGGCUCGAGGCUCUCUCGCUUCCAAAUCCAGAACCACCGAUUACGGACGACGAAUGGAGGAUUAGCUCGCUCGUCAAAACGAUGUUGAACGAGACUGAGUUUGCCGUUCCUUCUGACAUCCCAACGGAUUCACCAGCUAUGAUGAAGCAUCUGAGCGCGGGUGUUUUGCGUGUUUGGGCUACAAUAUUCAGAGGGGCUCAGACUUGGGCAAUUGUGGAUGUCAUUGGAAGCUCGCUCAAUACAUAUGCUGACAUGUUGGAACCGAGCACGUCACUGGAAUGA